ACUUUUAGACCUAAGUACUGGCUUUAUCUAUUUUAUUUAUGAUUUUUAUAAAUAUUAUUAUUUUUUUAAUCCUCACUUUUCCCUAUUUUUGGAUGACAUUAUUGUCGGUUCAGAACCAAUUAUCAAGUUUCCAUAGAGUUAUGGUCUCAACAUACAAUGGUUUACAUAAAAUGGUCAUCCUGGAAUGGAUUAAUAUUGUAACUUGAGGGACCACUGUAAAUAAGUUAUUGUUUGUAACUUAUUAAGUAAGUUAUUAUAAAUUGUUUGUAAUAGCUUAAUGAACAUAUCUGUAAUAUACUUGGAAUCGAAAGAAGUGUUACAGCGGCAUAUCAUUCUCAGACCAAUGGCCUUCAUGAGAAAAGUAAUCACAACAUCAAGCGGCAAGUUUCUUUUUUUUUUAAUUUAUGGGGGGGCUUUUGAUGCAACUUUGAUUAUGAUUUUUCAUUUUCUAUAAUGUUCUUUUUGUAUGACAUUUAUGUCUUACUGUAUGGUCUGAUCUCUAAAUUUUAUCAUAAGAAUUCUACUGUUUUAAAAAGAAUUUAUUUGGUGGUGGGAUUUUAUUUCCAGGGCUCUCACAAAACAGGUGAAUGAUCAGCAGAACAACUGGGACAUCUAUUUGAAGCCCACGCUUUUCUCCUUGAGAUUGAAGGUCCAAAGGACAACAAACUUUUCUCCGUUUCUUCUUAAGUAUGGAAGGGUGGCGGUUGUUCCCUCCCAAGUUCCGUGGAGCUGCCACUUUCGAUCAUCCUGCCUGAGAAGGAAACCUAUCAAAGCUUUGUGGAGGAAAAAAGCUUCAACUCAGCUGCUACACAAAUCAGUUGAAAAGUCUCAAGGAAGACAAAAGGAUGCUCAUGCAAAAAAAGUAUUGAAGAAGAAUGAGCAACUGACAUACAGCGUUGGAGAUGAGGUCUGUUAGCUAAGCCUUCAAACUAUUUGGAGGAGACCAUCAAGCUGUGCUAAGGUUCCAGCUUCAAAGUCAUUUUGUGUAGACAAUGGGGUAGAUUUUUCACAAUUUGUGUAGAGAAAUAGUGGUGAAGUUGCCCAUAGCGACAAAUUAGAUAGCUUCUAUCAUUCAUACAAGGGCAUCUGAAAAAUGAAACAAGCAAUCUGAUUGGUUGCUAUGGGCAACUACACCCCUAGUCCUCUACACUGUUUUGGACAAAUCUGCCUGAAGCUUGUUUCUUUAUUAACUGACACAUCCACAAAUGCUUUAACAGGUCCUUCUGUAUAAUACAAGGAAGCGAGGAAGAAAAGGAGGAAGGAUGCAGCCAGACUUCUAUGGUCCAUAAGUCAUCAAGGAACUGGCUGGAAAAAUUGUCAGAUUGACAAAAGUGGAUGGGAAAAGCUUGGCCAAGAAAGCCAACGUGGACCACAUAAAGCCAUACAGAAGUCAUAUGAUGUCCCCGAAGACUGAGGAGGAGAACCACAACAGCGAAUCUGUCCCUCGAAAUAUGUUGUUGAAAAAAUGUGAAGAGAAUUCAGAGGACAGCACUAUGGAGGUUGUGGUCCUGGACAGAUUAUGAGUCACUGGAAGCCGAGGUCGGCCCAUACAAGCGAUUCUUUGCCAGUGGCGAGUCAUUCACCUCCCUGCAUUUCCAGUUUAGGAUUGGAUAAUCCACAGUCUACCAACUUGUGUCUGAAACUUGUGAGGCACUGUGGCAGAAUUUGCAGCCUACAUACCUUUUACAGCCUAGCCACCAUGUUUGUCUGACAGCAGCUAAAGGCUUUUGGGAAAAUGCCAAUUUUGUGAAUUGUGUUGGGGCCCUGGAUGGCAAACUCUUGCAAAUCUGCAAGCCUGCAGACUCCAGUGAUGUUUCCUUCACAGAAAUCCCUACAGCUGCUGACUUUCCUAGGAAUAGUCUCCUUUGCAUAUCUUCUUGCCUCUGAGAACACAGAAAAAGAGAGAUCAGUUGCCGAGACUCAGCUAAUGCAUGAUACAGGAAAGGUGAUUGAAGAAAUAAAUCGGCAAAGAUGGUUACAAAGCUUACUGGAGACCAUUCACAACCCAGGCCGAAGAACAUUUUCUAUGUUGACACACAAUAAAGAGAGAUCGGUUGCUGAAGCCCAGCUUAUGCAUGAUAAAGGAAAGACUAUUGAAGAAAUAACUCGCCAGAGGUGGCUGCAAAGUAUACUAGGAGCGGUUCACAACCCAGGCCGAAGAGAGACACCACACUUGAGCAAUUUAUUAAGAGAAGUACAUGGAAUAAGUACUGAGCAGCAGCAGAGGCUGACAGUGAUGAAAGACAACAGAAACCUGCAAUUCAAAUCUGAAAUUGCUGCAUAUAGUAAAAAAAUGACUGAAUAAAAUGACUAGAAAUGUAAUUGUUCAGAUCAACUAAUAAGCAGUCAUUGUUCACCUUUAUAAUAUCUCAGUUUGAAGCUUGAUGUUCCCUGCUAUGUGAUUUAGAAUCAAUACAUUAGACAGUGGCUUGACUAUAUGGGAUUCAAUUUCACAGUGCUAAGCACAUCUCUCUUUCUUUACUUGAUAAGACUUCAAUAAUUUUACUUUUAAUGGCUCGAGAGAAUUUAAAAUAAAAAGGUCAUUUUUUUAACAUAAGUUAUCACAACCAUGACAGCUGAGUUUAGGUACAAUGGAAGAAAAUUUUACAAAUGGUAUUGCAUCGGCUGGCAAUUCAAGGGGCAUCCCCAUAUCCAUAAUCAAUAUUUAAAUUGUAGGGCAUGUAAAGUUACACAUUUUUGUAAAUAUAUC